AGUGGAUAAAAAAAGAUGAAACUCAUGAAGUACAAACUGAGUUACACUUCAUAGCCCAAGAUUAUGCAUGCAGCAUGAAUGUAAAAGAAGAGUUGGAGGAGGGUGUGAAUAAAGAGUUUCUUGAAGACCCAUUAAAGGCUGGCGACCCUAGUGUUUGCGUAAAGCAAGACCCCGAACUGAAACACCGUGCUGCUGUAUCUGAGCGUAAUUCGGUUGAAGAUCCAUUGGGAAUAUCUUUGUCCACUGAUUUUAUCAAGGAGGAUCCUGAAUUAAAUAUAACUGAGAAUACUGUGGAAACCUCAACAAGAUGUGCAUCUGAUAGUGCAAGAUUUACUCAGACUACUGGUGGGAGUUGCAGCAUAUCAUGUGAAGAAACUUGUCACCAUAGACUGGUCCAGGAUGAGUUGAUGAUAGACAUGGAGAAGUCAACACAAGGGUUCAGUACCAAUACAGAAGAUGUGACUAUUGAUAAGGAAUGCUCAGUUGCCACCCAAUAUGACUGUAGUACGAGGGAAAAGGAAUUACAUGUAUAUAGCUGUAAUUUCUGCCAACAGAGCUUUUCUUCAAAAUACAGACUCAUAAUGCAUGUGUUUAUGCACAUUGAUGGAACGCAACCACCUUCGUAUGUUUGUAAGUGGUGUGGUGAGGUAUUUCACAGUAAUGUUGGCUUGAAAAAGCAUAUGACAAUGAGUGAGAAUUGUCAAGUUUUAACUGCUGACAGUCAUGAAAAAUAUGCACAUAGUGAUGAGCAUCAAACCACUACCUCGUUGGAUAGCGAGGCAGAAGUUUCUGUCACAGAACACAAUGACCAGUCUUCAUGUAAGGAAACUUGGAAAGAUUCAAAGAAGCCCUCUAAUGACAUAUGUAACACACAUAUGACAAAUGAUAGAGAGAAAACAAGUAAUUAUGGAACUUUGUCUAUAGCUGUUAAUGUCAGCGUCCAGGCUGAUCUACUUACUGCCAACAGAACCGACAGAUGUGGUAUUUGUGGCAAAUUGUUUGCUAGGUCAGGUGAUCUCGAGAGACAUGUUUCCAUUCAUACUGGGAAAAGACUUCACAAAUGUGAUAUUUGUGAGAAAUGGUUUGCCCAGUCACGUUAUCUAAAGGCUCACAAAUUAAUUCACACUGGAAAGAAACCUUACAUGUGCGAGAUUUGUGGGAAACCUUUUACUAUGUUAGGUGGUCUUAAGAAACAUUCAUUACUUCACACUGGAAAUAAACCUCACAAAUGCGAGAUUUGUGGGAAAUCAUUUACUAUAUUAGGCAAUCUUAACAAACAUAUAUUAAUUCACACUGGCGAGAAACCUCACAAAUGUGAGAUGUGUGGGAAAGCUUUUGUGUUUUCAAGCUACCUGAAGGCACACUCAUUAAUUCACAAUGGAAGGAAACCUCACAAAUGUGAGAUUUGUGGGAAAUCUUUUACUAUAUUAGGUAAUCUCAAGAAACGUCUAUUAAUUCACACUGGAAAUAAACCCCACAAAUGUGAGAUUUGUGGGAAAUCUUUUGCUAGGGCAGAUCAUUGCAAGACACACACAUUAUUUCACACUGGAAAUAAACGUCACAAAUGUGACAUUUGUGGGAAAUCUUUUACUAUAUUAGCCAAUCUUAACAAACACUUAUUAAUUCACACUGGAAAGAAACCUCACAAAUGUGAGAUUUGUGGGAAAUCUUUUGCUGCGUCAGGCUAUCUCAAGAAUCAUGUUUUAAUUCACAGUGGAAAGAAACCGCACAAAUGUGAGAUUUGUGGGAAAUCUUUCACUAUGUCAAGCCAUCUCAAGAAACACGUAUUAAUUCACACUGGAAAGAAACCCUACAUGUGUGAGAUUUGUGGAAAAUCUUUUACUAUGUUAGGUGAUCUCAACAAACAUGUAUUAAUUCACACUGGAAAGAAACCUCACAAAUGUGAGAUUUGUGGGAAAUCUUUUACUGUAUUAGGCAAUCUUAACAAACAUGUAUUAAUUCACAAUGGAGAGAAACCUCACAAGUGUGAGAUUUGUGGGAAAUCUUUUACUAUGUUAGGUGAUCUCAAGAAACACUCAUUAAUUCAUACUGGAAAUAAACCUCACAAAUGUGAGACUUGUGGGAAAUCUUUUACUAGGGCAGACAAUUGCAAGACACACUCACUAUUUCACACUGGAAGUAAACGUCACAAAUGUGAGAUUUGUGGGAAAUCUUUUACUAUAUUAGGCAAUCUUAACAAACAUUUAUUAAUUCACACUGGAAAGAAACCCCACAAAUGUGAGAUUUGUGGGAAAUCUUUUACUAUGUUAGGUGAUCUCAAGAAACAUGUAUUAAUUCACACUGGAAAGAAACCUCAUAAAUGUGAGAUUUGUGGGAAAUCUUUUACUAUAGUAGGCAAUCUUAACAAACACGUAUUAAUUCACACUGGAGAGAAACCUCACAAAUGUGAGAUAUGUGGGAAAGCAUUUGCGUUGUCAUCCUAUCUGAAGGAACACACAUUAAUUCACACUGGAAAGAAACCUUACAUGUGCGAGAUUUGUGGGAAAUCUUUUAGUAUGUUAGGUAAUCUCAAGAAACAUUCAUUAAUUCACACUGGAAAGAAACCUCUCAAAUGUGAGAUCUGUGACAAAAGUUUCACUUACUUGGAUACUCUCAAGACACAUGCAUUACUUCACGUUAGAAAGAAAAUGUAA